AUGUCUACCGCCCAGGAGCUCUCCAACAUUUCCUCGGACCUGAUCUGGGAGAUCGUCCGUGACAACAACUGCUUCUCCGCCAAGAGCAAGAAGAACGGCGGUGUUCAGUUCUCCCGAGACCCCCUUAACCUGACCAACAAGACUUCUCGCAAGCACGCUGGUUUCGUCAACGACAAGGCCCUCGGUAUCACCUCUGGCGAGAAGGGUGCUAUUGUUGUCACCUCCAAGAAGGCCCAGCCCAACAAGCCCGCCCAGAACCUUGUCAAGACCUCUUACAGUGGAUCCAAGAGCAACCGCAAGACCUACCAGGCUGUUGCCAACCAGGCUGCCAAGAACGGUUACCGUGCUGACCUCCGCUCCGCUGCCGUUGAGCGUGCCUCCGCCCUCAAGAAGUCCAACAAGCCCGUCAAGCCCGAGCCCGAGCAGAAGCUCCGUGGCAGCAAGGCCAAGAAGGCCGCCGCUGCCGCUGAGGAGAACUAA